CCAUGCCAUGGCGCAUGCUAGAAAUUCGGUUGAAAAAAGGUUGCCACAAGUUCAAACAAACGCCUGUCGCCUGGUCUUGGCAUUGUGGAGAUUGGAGAACGAUCAAAACUCAAAACCCCUUGAGCUGCCCUCAAGAAAUGGCUACUACCAGAUCUUCCAUCACGCGUCUCCUACGCGCCGCCUUCUCUCACCACCCUGCCACCAAAACACUCCUCCGUCCCCACCACAACUCUCACCAUCCUCUCCACACCUUCACACCCACCUCCCCACUCUCCUUCCUCCGCUCUCGCCCUUCCAACCUCCCCAUUUCAAACUUCCACUUAUUCUCCACUUCCCGGCCCGGACUCCCACGCGCCACCGAAUCUGAACGACCUAUAUCCUCGCAUUUGCCAGCUUCGUGUACGUUACCCGUUGCAGUAGUUGCAUUCCAAUGUUGGGUAUUGUAUGAGUUGUAUAAAAAAUUUCUAACACGUUUAGGAGAUGGAGAGGGGACCAAGUUUAAAGGAUCAUUACCCAAUUUGCUCCGUGAGGGACACUCUCUUGUCGUUGAGGGUAAAAUUACGAUGAAUGAGCUGCCCUAUCUUGAGUACUGCUUUGCAGCUACUGAGGUCUUGUCCAAGCCCGAGGAACUUGCUGCUGCAAUGGAGAGAAAUAACUACAUUCUCGCCCAGAAACUCAAGGUUGCAGAGGAGGAGAAACUCAAGGUUACAGCGGAGGAUAAACUAAAUGUCGAGGACGGGGAUAAGCUCAAUGUUUCGGAGGAGACACAAAAUAUUGAGGAUGAGAAGCAAAAUGUUGCGGUGAAGGAGCCAGAGGUCAUGGUUGAUAGGUGCACAAUUCCCAGUGACAAAAUCUUAAAUGAUGUCACCAAUCGGCCAGAAGUUAAGAUCUGCCCUGAUGGAUUAGUCUUUGAAGGAAGGGUAACUCAAUCAAGAGGAUUAACUCACACAUGUGAGGUACUAUCUGCCCCAAUGAUUAAGGUUGUUUUGGCCAAGUUUAAAGGCUUAACAGAUGCGCUGCAAGAGGGAUGCUCAAUUGUCGUUGAGAGCUCUGUUAAAUUGAUUAAGCAUGAGAGUAAGGAGGAAGAUGAGUCAGGUAAAUGUGUACUAGUAAAAGUUUCGGGUAAGGAACAUCAUUACUCAGCUGCGGUGUUCGCUAAGCAUAACCACGAGAAGUAUGUGCCACAGAAUGAAGUAGGAGAAAGCUCUGGUUGAUUUUAAUUAUGUUUAUCUUCUGAAAGACUCUUCUACAUUAAAUGCCUUAAAUCCUUAAAGUUAUUUUGUUCCUAAUCUGAAACAUUUGUUCUAGGUGUAAGACUGCUAAGAUUGGUUGUACUCUGGAUCAUAUAUUUAUUAAUCUUAUGUUAUUGCUUUUGA